AUGGUUUCUCAAGUUCCAUUUGAAUAUAUGCAUUUGGUAUGCUUGGGCGUCAUGAAAAAAAUAUUAUCUGCAUGGAUAUGCGGAAAAUAUUCACGUGUGUCCAAAUUAUCAAAUAGUCAUCUUGCUCGUAUGUCUGCAAGACUGGGUAGACUCAGACAAUGUUGUCCCUCUGAUUUUGGAAGACGCCUAAGAUCUCUGGUAUAUAAUUCCAAAUAAAAAGCAACAGAGUUUCGGCAAUAUCUUUUAUAUACAGGUCCGGUUGGGGCGUAUGGUCUCCUCAACGAUAACUUAUAUGUUCAUUUCUUGUUCCUUCACACAGGUAUUACAAUUUUAGCUUCACAAUCUCCGUCGAAUCAGUUUUUGAAUUUUGCAGAGCUUGUUCUGCAAAAAUUUGUUCUUCGUACUGAAGAGUUGUACGUAUAAUGUCAUGGUCUUCUCCAUUUGACCAAUGAUGUCAGACGUCUUGGUCUCUUAGAUUCCUUUUCUACUUUCCCUUAUGAAAGCAACAUGAGGAUAUUUAGGAAGUAUUGUAGAAAGCUUGGCCUACCUCUUCAACAAUUCGUCAAUAGAAUGGCGGAGAUUCAGGCACACGGAGAAAAUAGGGCGAGGGUCGCUCCGUCUUCUGAUAUUCAAGUAUCUGUGCCUCUUGGUUGCGAUACUGAUAUCCUCCAGUAUCGUAGGAUACAAUUUUAUGGCAUGUCCUUCACUAUUGAUGUACGCAAUAACUGCUGCAUCUUGCGCAACUGUACCAUAUGUAUUCUGUCCUUCAUUGCCGAGUAUAGAAAUACAUUCCGUUUAGGUGUUUAAAAAUUCACUGAGGUCGGUGAUAUUUUUGAUAUCGGAAUAAAAUCCUCUGCUGUAGGUUUGUAUAAAUGUAGAUAUUUGAGCCCCGAGUCCACAUGA